AUGAUCUGCUCUAGACCCCCAUAUAAGCCCGUGUCAUGGUUUUCAUUUUCGUUCCUCUUGUGUCCCCAGGUCUCCCAGGCAGCUGCAGACCUUCAACAGUUUUGCAUGCAGAAUGCCUUACAGGACCCUCUGCUCACCGGCGUGUCCUCCAGCACCAACCCUUUCAGGCCACAGAAGGUCUGCUCCUUCUUGUGAAACCACUGCAUUCAUCGGCCUUCAUUUUGAUGCUACAGGGAAAAGUUGACCUCAACACUGCUCCUCAUGCCAAGCCAUUAUACUGCCACGGGAAUCUCUCGAGUGUAGAACACAUUGGAAUCAUGUCAGGAAGAUUACCAUCUAUUUUCAGCCACAGUAGAAGAAAGGAGACAGUUUUAUUUUUCAUGGCACAGUGUGAUUUUUGAGUAAAUAAUUGUGCCUUUUCUAUUGUUCUAUUUUAGUCAUCACUGUUCUGGACUUUUUUGUAUUUAAUGAAUAAAAAAACAUUCUUUACUA